AUGAGCUUAAAUGUAUUGAAAUCUAGUCUUGAAACUGCUUUAGAAGCAGCUAGAAGUAUAAAAGACGCAGAAAGAAUUGGAAUUUAUAUCAAAAAUUUAUACCCUUAUUUAGGACUUUGGUCACCUCAAAGGAAAUCUUUACAAAAAAGCUUUAUAGAAGAGACUAAGAAUCUUAAUCAGCGUCAAAUUUUUGAACUAGUAGAUUGGCUUUGGGGAAAAGAAUACAGGGAAUAUCAAUAUAUUGCAACUGAUAUGCUAAUUGAAAAUUUAGAAAAACUUGAAAUAGAAAACGUUGAUUACUUAUUAAAUGUUGUACACAUAAAGCCUUAUUGGGAUUCUGUAGAUUAUAUGACUUUAGUUAUAAAUAAAAUUAUCAAGAAAAGUUUAUCUUUGGAUCCUGAUGCUCAGAAAAUUAUGGAUAAUUCGAUUAUUCAUUCGAAUUUAUGGGUUAGAAGAGUUGCAAUUACACAUCAGCUAGGAUGAAAGCAGCUAACAGAUACUAAAAGAUUAUUUGGCUAUAUAACUUCUCAAGCUCAUGAUAAAGAUUUUUUUAUUAGAAAAGCUAUUGGGUGAGCGUUAAGAGAUUUUGCAAAAUUUAACCAUGAAGAAGUUUAUAAAUUUGUUGAUGAAAAUAAGUCUAUUUUGUCUGGCCUUUCAUAUAGAGAAGCUACUAAGCAUCGUUUGAAAUACUCUAAUAAAACUUAA